CGCGCGUGUUGCGGUGCGCGCGCGCUUCUAGACGUGCUGUGUCGCGCGGCGCGUGCUCACGCGCACUACGCGCGGCUGCGGCGCGCUCUGCGUCACGUGGCGCUGUGCGUGCUACGCGCGCUCGCGGCCGUGCACGAGGGAAACUGGCACAAAGAACUCGAGGUGCCAAUACAAGCGGAGUUAGAAGCGGCGUUUGUGGCCGGGCUGGACAUAAUGCCCCCGAGUGACGCCCACCGACUACCGGCCUCGCUACUGUCGUGGCAUGCUGCUAGGGACUACUGCAGCGCGCAUAUUGACAACUUGCAUGGAGCGAAGCCGGUCCGCGUGGAGUCGCUAUCGCUGGCCCUGCCGGCGCUGGAGUGCGGCGCGCGCGUGGUAGCGGUCGCCAGCGCGGCCGGCGGCAGGCGGCAGGACCUGGACCUGGCCCGGCUCGUGCUGGAGUUCCUGUUCCAGACGGGCGUCCGGCGCAACACGGCGAGCUGUAAAGGCGCGUGCAGACAGGCGGCGCGGGACGCUCUGCCGUCACUGCUGCAAGCGCACCCACACUUGUACGAAGUCGCGCUACGUCACGUCGCCGAUACCAGCCAAGUGGAGAAGCUAGAGCCGUCGUCGAUAUCGUGCCUUGCCGUAGACCGCUGGCGCCCUCAGCCGCACGAGGCGUAUGACGUAGCGUUCGACUGGUCCCAACGCUGCCCUCAUCUGCUGCCGGCGCUGUUAUUGAAUCUCGACUAUACGCCGCACACCGGAAUAUCCUUAGACGCGCAGCUAGGGCUGGGCGGCUGGCUGUGCUCGCACGUGCGAUCCCUCGCGCCAGCCGAGCCCGACGACUGGUGUUGGCGGGCGCUGCGGGCGCUGCGCCUGCACCGCGCGUGCUGGGGGCUGCGGCCCGAGGCGCCGUCCCCCGACCCGGAGCCCGACGAUCUGUUCUCGAAGGCGUACGCGCUCAUGCAGAGCUCGUGGGGACACUGUAUACCUUUGGUGAGACUUGUUAAGGAAGCUUAGGCCCCGCCCCUCGAUGACAGGUUCUUUAAGGCGUUGAUUACGACCGCUUGGAGGCACCG